AUGAGGUUUGCCAUCUUCUUGGCGAUACUCUCCUCGCUACUCCCAGUAACAUUCGCAGCAUUUGGAAUCACUACUUCUGGAUCAAAUGUCAUAGUGGAUUCUGGAGCUGGUCUUGUCACGACAGUUAACUCGAACAAUGGGGACAUUACCUCCCUUGUAUUCAACGGCAAACAGUUGCAAGACUCGAGCAAGUUCACACAACUCAGUUCCGGACUAGGCUCUGCCACCGUAACCCAUUCAGUCGCAAACAAUAUUGCUAUAGUCACUAUCAAGACUAGCACUAUAACGCAUUAUUAUAUUGUUCGUUCUGGCACCAAUACCAUCUACAUCGGUACAUUCGCAUCUCAAGAACCAGACGUCGGUGAAUUGCGAUUCAUUGCCCGAUUGUCCAAGUCCGCUCUGCCUAAUGGCAUUCCCGAGGCCGAAGUAUGUCGUAUGAACGGAGGAGCUGUUGUCGAAGGAUCCGACGUCUUCAGUAUCAAUGGCCAGACUCGAUCCAAGUUUUACUCUAGCAUCCCGUUCAUUCGGGACCAGGUCCAUGGUGUAACCGGAUCGGGCGUUGGUGUCUUCAUGAUUAUCCCCAGCGUCAGCUACGAAACUUCUUCAGGCGGUCCCUUUUUCAGAGAUAUCAAUAAUCAAGGAAGUGCACAGCAGGAGCUAUACUGGUAUAUGAACAGCAACCACGAGCAAACCGAGUCCUACCGCACAGGUUUCUUCGGGCCUUAUGCUAUGGCAGUCACCACUGGUGGCGCUCCUUCAGCUAAUCUAGACACUUCCUUCAUGGAUUCCCUCGGCCUUCAGGGCUACGUAGCUGCCUCCGGCCGCGGCACAGUCUCUGGUACUUACUCUGGUACACUCUCGGGCCCUGCAGUGACUAUCGGGUUCAAGAAUUCUGCGAAUCAAUACUGGGUAUCAGGCUCCGGCGGUUCGUUCACGAGGACCUUGAUGAAGCCUGGCACAUAUACCGUUACCUUAUUCCAAGGAGAACUUGAAGCGGGCACAGGCAGUGUUUCCGUCUCUGCUGGGCGCACCUCCUCAGUAACUUUGACAUCUUCGUUAAGUCGUCCGUCUACGAUUUGGAGCAUCGGCACUGUGGACGGUACUCCUGCGGGCUUUAAGAAUGCAGAUAAGAUCGAACACAUGCAUCCGUCUGAUUCGCGAAUGUCUUCAUGGGGUCCAACAACAUUCACUAUUGGAAGCAGCUCCAUCCCCGACUUCCCCAUGGCCCAAUUCAAGGCGGUCAACAACCCCACGACAAUUAGGUGGACCGCUUCGUCUUCCCAGAUAGGUGCCAGAACCCUGCGAAUCCGCACUACAGAAGCCUUUGCCGGCGGUAGGCCACAGAUAACCGUGAACUCUUUCACAUCCAAUGCACCCGCUGCGGUCUCUAACAUAUACACUCACUCUCGUAGGGUCACUCGCGGCACAUGGAGGGGUCUCAACCAGGUCUACGACUUUGCAAUCCCCAGCGGAACACUUGUUUCUGGCAGCAACACCAUUACCAUCAACGUUAUCAGUGGUUCUUCUGGCGAUGGGUUCCUUAGCCCCAACUUCGUGUAUGAUUCUGUCGAAUUGUUCUAA